AGAAUCUAGAUUGUAUGCAGUUGCGGUCGUUCCAUUGUGUUUUAUUUAAUCAAAUGGUGCAGAACAAGUAACAGUAUGGCCAACCAGAAAACAAUUCGUUUGAAAGAGGAGCCGACGCCUGGCUGCUACAUCAAAGCUCGGUAUGUUGUCACGAUUAUGGCAGCUCUGGGUUCAGUUAACCUUUAUUUGUUGAGGAAUUCAUUAAAUAUUGCCAUAAUCUCUAUGGUUGGUGUAAGCAAUUCGUCUGUUAGCGGAGACAAACAAAACGAAACGGAGAGUUUAAUACCUUCUGCUGUUGUAUGCCCUCAGUACCAAACAAACUCCACAACUAAUGAACCUGUUUCACAAUAUCAAGAAGGCGAGUUUGAUUGGUCAUUGGUAAAACAAGGUUUACUACUGUCGUGUUAUUGGUAUGGCUACACCGUCUCUACCUUCCCAGGCGCUUGGCUUGCUCAGCAAUUUGGAAUCAGAAUCACACUUGGUGUGGCAUCUUUACUUUCUGCAAUAUUAACCUUCUUCGUACCAUUGGCAGCUCGUCUAAGCUUCAGUUUGCUAGUAGCUUUGAGAAUAACAAUGGGUCUACUCCAGGGAGUCACUCUGCCAACAAUCAUGCAGUCGAUUGGGAUUUGGUCUCCCCCGUGUGAAAAUACUCGUCAUUUUGCUUUGAGCUUUACUGGAGUAGCAUCUGGGAACGUAGUGGCGUUUACUUUUGCCGGUCUUAUCAUCUCGUAUUUUGGAUGGGAGUGCACGUUUUAUGUGGCAGGUGGUAUCGGAUGCUUGUGGUCGAUUGCUUGGUUUCUAUUAAUUCACGACACUCCCCUAAAACAUCCGAGAAUUUCAAAACAGGAAUUAAGUUACAUAACGGAAAGCCUUUCGGAUGCCGCGUCGACAGACGGAAAGAAAGCCAGUUUUAAAACUGUACCAUGGCGUAAGAUGCUGACGUCUAGGCCGUACUGGUCGACUGUCGUGCCUCAUUUAGCUGAAAACUGGACCAUGGCAAUUACACACAGCUGGGUUCCGCAAUAUAUUGCCAAGGUGUUAGGUUUCAGCAUCGAAAAUGUUGGGAUUUUAUCGUCACUGCCAUACGGACUAAAUGUGUUCAGUCUACUAGCGAGUGGUUUUCUCUCCGACUUUAUCUUAAUGAAGACAAAAAUACGGAAGACUUUACUUCGAAAGGUGUUUACAACUAUUGGAAUGGGCGGAACAGUCUUGUCGUUUCUAAUUUUGCCUUCAUUUGGUUGCAACCAUACUUUUGCCAUCGUGUUGCUGUGUACGUCAUACAUGUUCGUGGGAUGCAAUUAUGCCGGGUACCGCGUUGCGCUCGUUGAUAUGGCACCUUCGUAUUCAGGAAUCUUGUAUUCUAUAUCGAACGUUAUGACCUGCUUUGUGAUGUUGUUUGCGACGCAGAUAGUAGGAGUUAUGCUUGGAGAUGGGUCGCUCCCGUACUGGAAAACCAUGUUUUAUGUGACUUCUGCAAUAUCUGCAUUCGGUCUAUUAGUAUUUCUUUGGUUCGGGACAUGUGAAUUGCAGCCAUGGGCAAAAUCGCAAGAAGAAAAAGCGGGCAGUGAACAAGAAUUAACCUUCCUUGAAAAGACACAAGAUAUAUGAAAUAAAUAUGUUAUAUAUAUAUA